CCACUCAAUCCUAUGUCGGCGUUUCACCUCGAUGCAUUGAGUGGCAUAUGACUAGCCUAAUCUACCGCGUAUAAUAUCUUUGGUGAAAAUACGUCAUUUGUCUUGCAAAACAAAUACAAAACUAAUGGAGUAUGGAGCAAUGGAGCAAAUAAUAACAAAUAAAUAAUUUUAUUUUCCUCCAUCCAUUCGUUCUUGUGAGUAAUUAUUGGAAAAUUAAAAGUAUUUUCCUCCAGUCUCCACAGACAAUAAAUAUUCCGUUAGUUAAUACAAAAGUUGUUAUGGAAUGUAAUGAAGAUAUUAAAGAUUCCAGAAACCAAGAAAUAUAUCCAUGUAUUAAAGAUGAAGGAGAUUCUCUACAGAAUUAUAACAAUAUAGAAGUUAAAUCUGAACUAGAUGAAAGCAGUUAUGGACAAGAAUCUGUGUUAUAUGAAUUUUGUUCAGUGGAUAUUAAAAUGGAAAACCACACAGAUGUAUCUAAUGAAAUUAAAGUUGAAAUAAAAUCAGAAUUGGAUGAGUAUAGCAUUGGUGUUCCAAAGGAUAUUUCACUGAAAGUUAUUAAACAAUUCAAUUAUACUGGAGAAAGACAUUAUAAAUGUGAAAUUUGUAGUAAGCAGUUUACAAAAAAAGGUAGUUUAAAGACCCAUAUGAUAAUUCACAGUGAUGAAAGACCAUUUGAAUGUGAAAUUUGUAAUAAGCAGUUUACUCAAAUAGGCGAUCCUCAGGAUAUUACAGCGAAAGUUACCAAACCAUUCGGUGCUCCCAAGGUACAUUUGAAAACUUUAACUGGUGAAAAACUGUAUGGAUGUGAAAUUUGUAGUAAGCUGUUUACUAAACCACGUAAUUUAAUGCUUCAUAUGAGAGUUCACACUGGUGAAAGGCCUUAUAAAUGUGAUAUUUGUAAUAGGCAGUUUAGUCAGAAAAUUUCUCUAAGUACACAUAUGGUAGUUCAUACUGAUGAAAAACCUUAUAAAUGUGAAAUUUGUAGUAAGCAGUUUAGGCAACCAAAUGGUUUAAAAUAUCAUAUGAAACUUCACACUGGUGAAAAUCUUUAUGAAUGUGAAAUUUGUAGUAAGCAGUUUACUAUAAACCGUUAUUUAAAGCUCCAUAUGAGACUUCACACUAGUGACGAACCUUAUAAAUGUGAAAUUUGUAGUAAGCUAUUUACUAAACCACGUAGUUUAAAGCUUCAUAUGAGAGUUCACACUGGUGAAAGGUCUUAUAAAUGUGAAUUUUGCUCUGAAGAGUUUACUGAAAAAAUUUCUCUAAGUACACAUAUAGCAGUUCAUACUGGUGAAAAACCUUAUAAAUGUGAAAUUUGUAGUAAGCAGUUUACUCAUAUAAGUAAUUUAAAUGCUCAUAAAAGAGCUUUUCACACUAGUGAAAAACCUUAUAAAUGUGAAAUUUGUACUAAGCAGUUCACUUAUAAGAGUAAAUUAAAUGAUCACAUGUCAAUUCACACUGGUGAAAGUCCUUAUAAAUGUGACGUUUGCUUCAAACAGUUUGCUCGCAAGGAUGUUCUAAAGAAACAUAUGGCAAUUCAUAGUGGUGAAAAACCUUAUCAAUGUGAAUUUUGUAAUAGACCAUUUACUGAUAAGUUUAAUUUAGAGCGACAUAUGAGAAUUCACACUGGUGAUAGACCUUAUAAAUGUGAAAUAUGCCCGAAACAGUACUCCCAGAAAAUUUGUUUAAAUAAACAUAUGGCAGUUCACACUGAUGUAAAACCAUAUAAAUGCGAACUUUGUACUUGUACUGAGCAGUUCACUCAAGAAAGUGAAUUAAAUGAUCAUAUGAAAAUUCACUGUAGUGAAAGUUCUUAUAAAUGUGAAAUAAAUUUGUAAUAAGUAGUUUACUCAACUCAGUAGCAAUUUUACAGUAGGGGAGGCUCUAACUAUGUAUAAAAUACACACAUUGGCAAAAUUAAAAGAACACCUUAAAAAUGGGACAUGUUAGAUGUCUCAAAUUUCCUAAACCAGUUGUCCGAUUUGAUUGAUUUUUUUAGUAUGUUAUAGCCUUAUUAUUUAAGAAUAUCAGUGCAAUAAUAUUGUUGCUAGAUAGCUAAAUAUCAUUUUAUACCGGGUACAACGUAAAAGGGUAAAGGGUAAAGUUCGGAACACCCUAUGGAAUAUUCUAGCAUAUAUCGCUGGUACCUAUGAUUAAUGUUAUUUCUAAUACAUUUUCAGUGAAAAUAAUUCCUCUUUGUGUUGGCAAUACAAUUUAUUUUUAUAUAUGUGUCCGUGAAGAUUAUAACUCCCAAAACAUUUAUGACGAAAAGAUUUAGUUCUUAAUAGAUGCCGACAAAAACAAUUAUUUCCCUUUCUGUUCUCAUGAAAAAAAUAAUUUCUGGGAGAUUUGUUGAACAUUUUAGUAAUUAUAAUUUUCGUGGACCCACAAACAGAAAUGAUGUUUUUUGCUGAUACUCCUCAAAAAAUAUAUUUUUUUUUCGUUAACACUUUAUUAGGGAUUAUAAUUUUCAGAAUCGUAUAAUCGAAAAUAAUAUUCUUCGCGGCGUUCAUUGAAAGUUAUAUUCUUAACGGCAUUUUUCGGAAUUAUACUUUUCGUAGGCGAUAUGUAUAAAAUAUUGAAAUUAUAACUCAAUUGUAGCCUUAGGCUUUCUUAACAUUUUCUUUUUUUGAUUCAUUUGCUUAUGUUGGAUAAUAAAAAAGUUAGGUAGUUUAAAAACUAGCCACGUUCUUCAUCAAUACAGAGUGUUUCUUAAUAAGUGCGACACAAACUUUAAGAGGUAUUUUUGCAUGAAAAAAUAAUGACCGUUUGUUUUGUAAAUAUAUUUAUUAUGUCCGCAAAUACUUCGUUUCCGAGAUACGGGAUGUGGGAUGUUGAAUUUUUUCUUGCAAAUUGACGAUUUAUUUAUUGCUCUAAAACCGGUUGAGAUAUCCAAAUGAAAUUUGGUAGGUUUUAAGAAGUAGUUAUUUUAUAUUCACCAUUGGCUAAGCCUCCCCAUAAAUUUUAAAUAAAAUUAAUAAUAAAUAAUUUAUAUCCCAGAUAAUAAAAUUAUCCAUUAUAUAAAAAAAAUAAAUGACGUGCAUUAAACGUCAUUUAAUGUUCACAUAUCGACAAAUGUACCGGACAGACUACAUGGCUUGUUGCAUUAGGAUUUUAUAAUAUUAGAUAUUUAAUAAUGUAAAAAAGAAAAAUCCGUUUAAAUAAAUAAAUAACAUUUGUAAAA